CCGCUUUGCACGAAGAAACAGUGAACGCUUUCAAUGGCGUCGUCAUCAACACGAUCGCUGGUUUCUUCCUAUACCUUUGAUGAUAAAGACCUAGAAGACGCUGAUUUAUGGGCGGUGAUUGAUUCCGCCGCUGCUGCAGCUACUAUCGCCGGAAAAUCUCCGAAACCCUUAGCUAUUAGGUAUCCAAAUUACAAUUCUCCUCCGACGCCUGUUUCGAAUCCUUCUCCACAGUCGAAGGUUCUUCAGAUCCAGAAUCGUGACCCUAAUCUUGGCCGGCGGUUGAAUGAGGAGUCUACGCGUCCGAACAAAAUGGCUAGAUCUCGCGUCUUGUCUGAGGUGAAGAGUGAGAGUCCGAUGGCUCUUGUUACGACGGCGCACCGGAAUUUGACCCCGAAUAUCAUCAAUUCGACGAAGUUUUCUUCGCCGGAGAGUUACUUAUCGCCUGGAAUUCGGCAGUCUACUCCCUUUGCGGAGGUUUCUCCGUCAGCGAGCUGUGUUAAGAACGAUCCGGUUAACGAGAUACGACAUAGCUUAUCCGGGAGCUUUCCGUCUGCUACUCUGUUCAAGGAGUACCAGAAUACAGCAAUGGCGAUUCUAGAAAAAUCUGACUACACGAUGAUCUCAGGGAAGGCAUACAUUAAAAAGUCAGGUUGGAGGAAAAUAUCGUUUUACUUCAAUGUGUCUUAUGAAAUAAGAGACAAGACUAUUGAAUUCGACGAAAACAGAAAUGUCCAGCGUGCUGAGUUCAUCGUUCGAGCCAUUAUGCAUGGAGGAAGAUUCGCUGACGGAUGGGGUUCUUGUGAGCGACGUGAGAAGAAAUUUCUCAAACCAAAUCACGAUAUUCCCAGUACAGCAGAGACCAGAGCCAAAAACAGGGCUUGUCAGGAUCUUCUUGGAAUCGGUGAAUAUCGAGAACCACGUUGAUCAGACAACAUCAAAUGUGUUUCCCGACCUUGCCAACCCCAAGCUAAACCUUACCAAACCCACACCAACCAAUGUAGUAAACGAAUAGAACUUGGUUGUAGUGUAGUGGACUAUGAUUUGUGUCAAGUAUUCUAAAAUCAACAAAACACAAAUAAUAUUCAAUCUUAUCA